CACGAGACAAUUGUUUGCGGAACACGCACGAUCGUGUUAAUCAUUCGGCGGGAAGAAUUGUGACGAAGUAUUGUUUCUUGUGUCAAUAAUAAUCCGAAAUCAUGUAUAAGUUAACGGAAGGAGCUUUGGAUAAAAUUAUGGAUGGCAUAGAUAUCGAGAAGCCAGUGGUUCAAGUACUGGGUCACAAAAAACUGACCAGUUCUAGUUCUGACCGAUAUAGGUUGCUUGUAUCUGAUGGGCUGAGAACAAACUCAUUUACCAUGUUGGCUACUCAGUUAAAUAACCUAAUCACAAACAAUAUUUUAACCGAAUUUACAGUCUGCGAGUUAUCAAAGUAUGCUUUGAGUUCAGUGAACAACGGUGGAAAAGAAAAACGUGUGAUUAUAAUUCUGGAGGUCCAAGUAAUAGCUUCUGGUGACAAAGUGGGACACAAGAUUGGAAACCCAAGUAACAUGAGUAAAGCAGAGACUGAAACUGCUAAACCUAAUCUUAAUCCAUCCACAGCUGCAUAUCACCAUAAUAGUAAUGGUACUAUGCAAAAGAAUGCUUCAAGUCAUCAUUCUUCUUCUGAAAUAUCUACUACUCCAAUCGCAGCACUAAGUCCUUAUCAGAACAAAUGGGUAAUCAAGGUUCGUGUACUAACUAAAUCUCAGAUUAGAACAUGGAGCAAUUCCCGCGGUGACGGCAAGUUGUUUACUAUAGAACUGGUCGAUGAGAGCGGCGAAAUUAGAUGUACCGCAUUCAAUAAAGAGUGUGACAAAUUCUAUGAUAUGAUAGAGGCUGGGAACGUUUAUUAUAUUUCGCGUUGCUCAUUGAAGCCAGCGAACAAGCAGUAUAACACUAUGAAAAACGAUUUCGAAAUGAGCAUGACCAGCGAUACGGAAGUCGUGUUAUGUCACGAUAACAACGAGGAUAUACCGACGCUCCAGUUCAAUUUUUCUCCUAUAAGUCAGCUGGAGACCAUGAAGAAGGAUGAAACAAUCGACGUCCUGGGUGUUGUUACAACGUGCAGCGAGUUGCAAACUGUCUCAUCACGAAAUACCGGCAAAGAACACAUGAAAAGAGACAUUAAUAUAGUCGACGAUAGCGGUGUGAUGGUAUGCGUCACACUCUGGGGGAAGCAAGCCGAGGAAUUUGAUGGUUCGGAUAACCCGAUCGUAGCCAUUAAGGGAGCACGCAUCGGCGAAUUCAACGGUGGGAAGAACUUGUCCAUCGGAAUUUCUGGUAUAAUCCAAAAGAAUCCGGAUCUUCAGGAAGCACACAGGUUGCGCGGAUGGUAUGCCAAAGGCGGCAACUUGGAAAACGCCAAAUCGCUGUCUAGAGCGGGCGGCGGCGGUGGUGACGUCAACGCACCAUUAUACACCUUCCAGGAGGUAACCGACGCGAAGCUGGGUGAGAGAAUGAACGCUGCGGAUGUGUUCUCGGUGGUGGCUACCAUUAAUAUAAUCCGCGUGGAGAAUUCCAUUUACAAAGCGUGCCCUGUAGAAAGCUGCAAGAAGAAGCUCGUCGAUCAAUCCACUGGGAUAUUCAGGUGCGAGAAAUGUAAUAAGGACUAUCCAAACUUUGUGUACCGUCUGUUAGCGAGUAUGAAUAUAGCGGAUGCCACAGGCAGCCGUUGGAUAACUGCCUUUAACGAAGAGGCUGAAAAGAUUCUGGGCAUGUCGGCGCAGGAGUUGGGCGAGUUGAAGGAGAAUGAUAACGACGCCUACAUGCAGAAAUUCGGCGAUGCGAGUUUCAAGAGGUUCACAUUCGCCUUGAGAGUGAAAUCAGAGGUUUUCCAGGAUGAAAUGAGGAUGAGGCAUACCUGUGUCUCAAUCUCUCCGGUGAAUUACAAUACCUACAUGACGCACCUAUUGAACAAAAUCUGUAAGUUGGCCCACAUCGAAAAACUGGAAGACUAAAAAAUUUGAUAGUUUUUUUUUAAUAUAUAUAAAAAUAAGAAUGUGAGUUUAUGUUUGUAACUUCUAUGUUCAGAUUAUAUACGCGUCAGUACACGCGCGCAUACUCUUUGCGUGCGUUGGUUAUUAUAUUUAAGAACGUUUAUAAUUUUCAGCGGCUCUAUGUGUUUUGUACACUGUACCUCAUUUUCACAUUUACGUUUAUUGUAAAAUAAAUUCUUAAUCUACGCAUUCUA